AUGGCGGCCCUCAAUCUGCUCGACUUCAGCUAUUGCGGCAUUGUCCUUCGCCGUAACCUCGACAGCUUUCACGACGCCUGCGACGGCGAGCCGAGCCUCUUCGACGACUUCAUUCCAACUGAGCAUGAUGAUGAGAGUGUUACACAAAGUUUCUCAUCCAUUUGGCAACAACGGCCGCUAUCCGAUUCGACGCCGCCUUUGAGCGCUACCGUUUCACGAGAACCAUUUCAGUUCCACGGCAUCUGUCACAGCAAUGAUUCCUCCGAUUCCAAGACGCCCCUUUCUGGAGAACUUCUAUGGAGUCUUGGCUCGCUUUCGGUUUUGAACGUACUUGUAAAGACACCAGAGCGAUACGAACAUAUCGCAGUUCCUUUGAGUUCCGACUUGUACAUGGUGCGGGAGAAGGCAUACGUCGACUACAUCCCGUGUCCAGGCUCCGGUCCAGGUUCGCCCGCCCUCAGUGUUUUGUCCGAAGCCGCCCUACCCGAAAUCGACGACGACUUCCCGAGAAUCGACGACAGCCGACCAGUGAUCACCGACAUUGAACCGAUUGUGGAGGAGACGAGUAAGAUUGAAGAGCGAUCGAUACUUCAACCCAGCCAGACUAGCGAUUGGCUUGCAAUUGUCCUGGAGAAGAGACAAGCGACCCCCAAGAACGAGAAGGUUUCUGCUCUCCUUAAGGAACAGGCCGCAUUUGAUGUGGAGCAAUUGAUGAGCGCAGUAAGGGAUCAACGUAAACAAAACGAGUUCUACAAGCCACGUCUCAACAAGCGCACCCGUAUGCGCUCCAGUCUCCCGCCGCAAAGUCGCAAGAAGUCAAAGAAUUCGUUGAGGGCACCACCACCACCGUCACCGUCACCCGUACCGGGAUAUUUGCAAUAUCCACAAUACCUGCCGCAUCAAGGCUGGACUGGUUGA